UGUUGGAUCGGAUGAGACGACGGAUGCGGGCCUCGAUUGGCUCGCCCUCGGCAGAUGGCGUCGCUCGAAAGAGUUGAUCGGACCCGCACCGAGCUUUUGUCGAUCACUGACGAUGCUCGUCAUGCAGAGGACGGCAAGGUGGAGCGUGGAGGCGGAUAGGGCUAUUGGAACGGCGGGUGCAUCGGUCUCCCAUGCUGUUAUUCGGAAUUCAUGGAAUACGAAGGUCUUUCUCCAGCUCUUCUCGCACAGACAUGGGCCUUUCACCCACUGGAAGACGACCACUACUGAGUACUGAUGGAAUCAGAACAUGGCGGAAUCGAGGCGGGGGACAUGGGAGGCAUGGGAACCCGCAUCGCAAGCGACUCAGCGAAGAUUCGGCGCCAACAGCGUCGCCGCUCGCUGCCGGUGGCCAGCUGCUCAAAACCGAAACUGUCUCUGGUGGCUCAAGGCGGUGGGGCGCAAUUGUCCAGCUUUUCCCAAAGCGUUUCAGCCUUUGGAUGCAGCGAUACUCGAAAAACCAUCUCCUUUAUGCAGCGGUCACAGACUGGAUGCUCUUUUGGGCCGUGAGCUAGGGCGCAGGGCUCGCGUACGGUACCUGAGCAGCACCAAGCGGACAAGGAUCGUCGAGGAGGAUGUGUCUCGCCCGGCAGCAGCUUGCGAUGAUGAUUCUGAUUCGAUUUGAUGUCCCUCAGAGUGAGCGCCAAUACCGUCCCCCGCUG